AUGACCCUCCGGCGGCGCGGGGAGAAGGCGACCAUCAGCAUCCAGGAGCAUAUGGCCAUCGACGUGUGCCCCGGCCCCAUCCGGCCCAUCAAGCAGAUCUCCGACUACUUCCCCCGCUUCCCGCGGGGCCUGCCCCCGGACGCGGGGCCCCGCGCCGCCGCGCCCCCGGACGCCCCCGCGGGCCCGGCCGCGGCCAGCGCGGGCCGCCGCAGCCCCUCCGACGGCGCCCGCGACGACGACGAGGAUGUCGACCAGCUCUUUGGCGCCUACGGCGCCGGCCCCGGCCCCGGCCCGGGCCCCGGCCCGGCGCGGCCGCCCGCCAAGCCGCCCGAGGACGAGCCGGACGCCGACGGCUACGAGUCCGACGACUGCACUGCCCUGGGCACGCUGGACUUCAGCCUGCUCUACGACCAGGAGAACAACGCCCUCCACUGCACCAUCAGCAAGGCCAAGGGCCUGAAGCCGAUGGACCACAACGGGCUAGCAGAUCCCUACGUCAAGCUGCACCUGCUGCCAGGAGCCAGUAAGGCAAAUAAGCUCAGAACGAAAACUCUUCGAAACACUCUGAACCCCACGUGGAACGAGACCCUCACUUACUACGGGAUCACAGAUGAAGACAUGAUCCGAAAGACCCUGCGGAUCUCAGUGUGUGAUGAGGACAAAUUCCGCCACAACGAGUUCAUCGGGGAGACGCGUGUGCCCCUCAAGAAGCUGAAGCCCAACCACACCAAGACGUUCAGCAUCUGCCUGGAGAAGCAGCUGCCGGUGGACAAGACGGAAGACAAGUCCCUGGAGGAGCGGGGCCGCAUCCUCAUCUCCCUCAAGUACAGCUCGCAGAAGCAGGGCCUGCUGGUGGGCAUCGUGCGCUGCGCACACCUGGCCGCCAUGGACGCCAACGGCUACUCGGACCCCUACGUGAAAACAUACCUGAAGCCAGAUGUGGACAAGAAAUCCAAACAUAAGACAGCGGUAAAGAAGAAAACCCUGAACCCAGAGUUCAAUGAGGAAUUCUGUUAUGAGAUUAAGCACGGGGACCUGGCCAAGAAGACCCUGGAGAUCACCGUUUGGGAUUAUGACAUUGGAAAAUCCAACGAUUUCAUCGGCGGCGUGGUUCUGGGCAUCAACGCCAAGGGAGAGCGCCUGAAGCACUGGUUUGACUGCCUGAAGAACAAGGACAAGCGGAUCGAGCGCUGGCACACGCUCACCAACGAGCUCCCGGGGGCCGUGCUCAGCGACUGAGCCGCCCCGCCUGCCCGCCGCCCCCACCCCUGCCCGCUGCCGCCCGGCCCGGCCCUGGGCUUCCUCAGUUGCCGCUAAGGGCCUCAGCCCCCAUGCUGGGGGAGCUCCGGGACGCCUGCUC